AUGAUGAUGAAGCCCACCCUCCUCACCACCCUCGCCGCCACCACGGCAACGGCAACCGAGCUCCUCCUCCCGCUCUACCAAUACCCCGCCGACAACGGCGGCGCCUGGCAGCCCAUCGAAGACGCGCUGACCGCCAACCCGUCCCUCACCGCCAAGAUCAUCAUCAACCCCAACAACGGGCCCGGGGAGGGCCCCAGCCAGGGCAUCAACGACCCGCAGUACGAGGCGGGCGGCAAGUUGCUCGCGGCACACGCCAACGCCCAGCUGCUCGGGUACGUGCACACGUCGACCGACGGCGGCGCCACGCGCUGCACGGUGCCAUGGGCGGACGUCGAGGCGGAUAUCCGCACCUGGGCGACGUGGGUGGAUGCCGGGGUGGCGAUGCGCGGGAUCUUCAUCGAUGAGGCGCCGAAUAAUAGCGUCAACCCGGAGUGCGAGGCGUAUAUGCAGAACUUGACGACGCUGAUCCGUACCGAUGCGGAGUUGGUGGAGAAGUUUGGGCCGCAGCCCGUGGUCGUGUUUAACCCGGGCGGUACGGGGCAGCUGCAGCCGUACUAUGAGAUGGAGCCGGACUACAUUGUCGCGCUGGAGACGUGCUUUACCGUGCCGGAGCAUGCCGGCGGGGACUAUGACCAGUGCCCUGCUACGGGGGUUUACGAGAUCUACGACCAUGAUGGGCCGGGCAGUUCGAUUGAUAAUGUGCUGUUCCCGUCGGUUGGGGAGGCCAAUGCCGCCCGCACGGCGGUGCUGGUGCAUGGCUUCCAUCACUUUAAUGGGCCGACGGCGAACCUGACUGCGACGGAGGCGGUGCUGGAAGAAUUGGUUGGGGCUGUGGUGCAGAGGGGGAUUGGCGCGACGUUUUUCAACACGAGGGGAUAUCAUGCUUUUGAGGAUGAGCCAGCGACGAUUGGGGUUGUCGCGGAUGUGUUGAACGCCGCGAACGCGGCAUAA